AUGCAUUGUCGAAAAGGCCUUGUUUGUGGAAGGAAAUUGAGGAAGGGGCCGAGCCGACUGGAGCCAGUCCCACUAUCUAAAGAGUGCAUCAAGGCGUCGAAGUUCUUGAUUGGUGGCGUCGGGUCGUCGGCUUCUCGCCGCACACACAACAAUAACCGAAUUACGAGACGACAUUGUCUUCUCAUCAGCCACGGCCGCCGUCCAUCUGAAACCCUCCUAAUUUCAUACAUUUCCCAACGUGCCUUUUCUCCCUCGGAAUUUGGCACCCGGCCUAAAGCGAAUUUUCUUCCACUACUUCUUGUUCCACACGUCGAUGAACUCAACAUGCGACUCUUCUUACUACUUUUCGGUUUGUUUAUACCUUUUGUUUGAUUUAAAAAGCCUUUAAUGAAAAAAAAUGGAUCUCGUGAAUCGACAUUUUACAAUACUGGCAGAUACAAAACGACUAACGUCAUCUAAAGCAUAAGUUGGAAAAAUUCUUGGAAAACAAACGGCGAAUGAAAAAACAAAAAGCUAAAUUUUUGGUUCGACAUUUUUUUAAUCCUAGCGUUCCUCAUCAAGAUUGAAAUGUAUGCUUCUUCCUGUCAAAACGAGACCAGAAAAAAAGCCUGUCUCUCAGAUGGGAAAAUUCUAAUUAUGUUUCGAAAUGCAUUCAUUGUGGCAUAUUUCAUCUGAUAAGUCUUUUAAAAGCGGGUGAGUAUUCCGAAUUCAGAGAGUCUUUCAUAAAUAGUCGCUCGCUAACUUCAAAAUUUUUUCAUUUUUCAAGGAAUUUCCGAGCGAAAACUAAAAUAAUCCUUUGUAAGUUAGUUUUCUAUGAACUAUGAUUUUCAGCCUGGUUCCCAGCAAAAUGGGCAAGAAAGUUGGAAGCCGAGGUUGCGAAGGACGUCUCCGUCGACAUUUGUUCUCACCUGCCGACCUAUUCUCACGCUAAUAUGAAUGUAAAAUUUUUUUUUCUAAUUAUUCACUCGUUUUUUGUAGUUUUUCCAACAGCCGACACAAUUCUGCGUCGCCAUUCGUUCUAAUAAAAAUCUCAAGUAAGUCAAUGAAUUUUUGAUUUUAUUGGGAAAGAUGAAAAGAGGUUUCAAGGUUUUUGCGGCUCGUAAAAGGUUUCGAAUUUUUGUGUUUUCAUUAAUCUUCUGAUUCUUCUUUCUUGUUUUACUAUUUCUUUAGCCUCCUGGGUUAAAACAUACGGGCCUUGAAAAAUCUUGGCAAAGAUAGGAGGAGCUUCCAAAGUUUCUAAAAGUAGGGACCGCAGGUAGACAAAGGCUGGAAAAAGGCUUUCUUUAUUCGCCUUUAGCCUGAUAGCCUAUAGUAAAUUUUUUUUUAUUUUCAUUUUUUCAUAAUGAUUGAGCUUUUGAAAACCUACAAAAAAUGGGUGGAUGAAAUCUCCCAAAGAAGUUACCAAUUUUUUUUAGUCUUCAGAGAAGAUUUUCUCUCUGCUGAUUCUUGGAAUAAUUGAAAAAUUGUUCGUCGGUCCGCGAAACUGUCGUUGAUCAAGUAGGGCGUGUAGAUCACCUCGCACUUCUUCUGAUUGAAAAAGACGGUUUUUGAGCGCAGGACGUUCACCUUCUUAUCCAUACACUUCCUACUUUGCCACAUUUUUGAAAGGAAAGAUAAAAAUCUGGAUUUUGAGGGACGAGAUGAGAGAUCUUCAGUCGACGACGUCACUCAAAAGCGAGGUGCUCGUUUCUUGGCGCCAGCUCGCCACUUCCACUUCCUGCAAGCUUCUUUUCAAGGUUUGCUUGAAACAGAAAAGUGGCUCAUCAAACUUCAAGAAAAUAUUGUCUGGGGUUUUCUCAACAAAACAGUGUAUAUAAGAAGAGGUUUAGACGUUUUUGUAGUAUUUUUUUUUGAACUGUUUCAGGGGACUCACUUAUAUUAGGGUGGCAGGAAAGAAAUGCGUGUUUUUGAUGUCCUUUAAUUUUAUCAUAAAAACAAGGUCAUUACAAAUCAAUUCGAAAUGUAAUUUCUAUCUGUAUUAGCACCUUGUCAACAAUGCUCACGCAGAGAAUGGAUACUCUCUCUGACAAACUGGGCCGCCUACGAGUCAAAGAAGUUGCACCCCCAAAUUUGGACUUCGUCGAAGUUUUUCAAUUUUUUUUUGGCUGUUAAGCGAUCCAAUGAUUCGGACAGAUGAUAAAUGCGAAGAGCCAUGUCUGAGCAUUGUAGCGGAAAAAGCAGAAAUUCGCAGAACAAUUUUUCUGAUUUUGGGCUAACAGAUUUUUGCAAAAAAGCGAAAAAGCGAUAUUGUGAAGCCAUUUUUCAUUUCUUAUUUUUUGCACUCCGUUGCGUGAAAAAACUAUUUUCUUUUGCAGAUAUGGGUGUGUAAUAACUGAUGAGCCAGUUUCACAGGCGUCUGUUGUGGAUCCAGUCUAAUGGCCUUUUAAAAUCGCCUUUAUCGUCGAUUUUUUCGUGUUUUUUUAUUUCAAAGGUCUUUUCGCCUAGUGAAUAGCGCUAAAGCAAUUCGCAAUGUUGACUAUCAGAAAAAAGCAUCAAUGGUGAUCAUAAUAUUGAAAGGUGCCAAGCUUCUGAAUUUGAUUUGAACUUUUUGAAAUAACGCGAAAACUAGGUCCGCGAAUACAGUUUUUGAAAGGAAGUUUUCAGAUCUAUUUUUCUUUUAGAAAGGCGGAAUGAACGUCAGCAAACUAUAUAUCCAAUGACGCACAAGAACAAGUCCUUUUCGACAAAAAAUACCCUUCCAAAUAUAUAUUGCUUCUUGGAUGAAUUAGAAGCCGACAAAAACGAGCCGCAUUUCUUUCAUGCCAACCUAAUAUUUGUUGUCAAGUUUUCAGGAGUUUUAUACAUUUUUUGUCUUCCGUUGCUGAUUUUUGUCAGUUUAUCUUCUGAAAAACUUUCAUCUUCCACUCAAACUUGAAAGUCAAUAUGCGCUAGAAUCAUAUUUUUGAGAAACUGUGAUAUAAUUAUCUACAAAAUUAAAGUUCAAGACUUAUUUUUUUGGAAUUUAGUACUUAAGAAACUCAAAAAAAUUUCCAUAAAAAUUUGAAGAAAAAAAUAUUUUUUUCCAAGGUAAUAUUAAACCCCUUUUUUUAUAAUUCUCUUGUUUAUAAAAAGAUUUGGAGAUAGUAUCAUUGAUUUUUUUCGAAGUGACUUCUUUAGGGCUAUCAAUCGGAAUACCGCAUCUCUCCCGAUAUGGGCGGCUACGAAGCUUGUCAGAACUCGGUUUCUCGACAUUUAUUCGUUUUAUCACAGGUUUUUCAAUAUUUCUGAGAAAAAUAGAAAAAUCUUCAAUUUGAGGCCAUGAGUGUCAAUAAACACGUCGACGGCGUCAAAUUCAACGCGUCCAAUGAAAAUUGCCCGAUUUUGAUGGUCCCUUCGACUUAUACGGUAAUUUUUCUGCUUUAUAUGAGUCAUAAGCGUUUGCGGGAUUAAACUAUUUUUUUUAAUUCGAUAAAAAAAUAUUUUUGAAUCUGGAAGGUAUCCUAAAACAAGAAAUUCAUGGGUUUCCGAGAAAAAAAGGUUCCUUGAAACCGGAAAAUUAAGGAAACUUGCAUUUUUUUUUUAAUUUUUAAACUUUUAAAUUUUUUGUAUAUCACUGUAGAGUUUACAAACGGAAACUGCUGCAGAAACGUUUUUUCUUUGUUUUUUUUAUUUUUGAAGCUAUCUGGAAUGAAGGCGUCAAUUCAAUAAAAAAACCUUUUUAAUUUUUAAUUUUUCUAGACAAAAUGCCAUUUUUCAGAAAAAUCAGGGGUUCAAAUUUGUGUACUGCUUUCUUUAUCUGAACUUCGCUUUCAUUGAUUUUUUUCUAUUUUUUUAUAUUUUGAAAAAAAUUUCUACGUUUCAAAAAUUAUAUUUUCAUAGCCUGUAAUAAUAUCUAGAAAAGUUCCCUCUUUGAAAAAACUUAUUUACCCAUAGCUCUAUAUUCGAACUUUUUUUUCCUUAGUGGCGUCAUUAUAUACAAUAUCAUGACUUAUGACGUCAUAAUGACUUUCAGGAAUACGUGGCGUGUAAAUUCACGAGUGACGAAUGGUACGUCAUCGACUGGAAAUCGACGCUUCGCUACGAGACCUAUAGAAACGGGGCAUACGGUACGGUGACGUCAUCUUUUGACUUUUUCGGUUUCUGAACACUCCUUGGAACAGAAAACGUCUGAAUCUCUUUUUUUGCGUAUGCUGUUUCCCUAAUAGAUUGAAGUCUGAGACCUCUGUGCCGCUUAGGAACGUCAGAGUGAUCCUUAUGAGGGUUAGCGGAUAAACAGCCCCUCUAGGGAAAAAAGUUUAAGUACUACCUAUAGGGGUUUAGGGUCUGAGCAUGCUCUCCUAUAGGUAUCACUAACGGAAACCCCUAUAAGAGUUACCCUUGCAAGCUAGAGUGGUCCCUAUAGGGGACGUGAAUUGCUUCCUAGAGAAAACCUUCAAGCGCCCCUCUAGGGACCACUCGGGUGCGUCUCAUAUUUCUGCGCUAUUUCCAUACUUUUGUACCCCGCCGGUGAGAGAAAAGAGGGCGCAGACAGGUCAUAGUGUCUAAUGUAGUGGGUGUAUGAAAUAUUUUACAUUUUUUUUUGAUUUUUAAUUUUUUUUUCUAUCUCAAAAUUUUUAUUAAGUCUCAGGUAGGCUCGGAGUUUUGGCGACCAAAUGUUGAAAUUCACAGGUUAGAGUAAAUUGUGGAAAAAACGCGGAUUUCAGGCACGUUUUGGGCCAACGCCAGCUCUUCCUUCAUCGUUCAGCCGACAAGUCAGCUCCAUCGGAAUGGUACUGAACAUCAAUGGCUGCAACGGGUUCUGCAGGUUCAGACCAAGUUCGUUUCGGCAUAAUUAAUAGCAGCCCAAUGAGACUAUCGAGAAAGUUAGAAAUGAUCACGGUUUCCGUUAUAAUUUUGUCUUUUGAAUUAUAAGUCAACGUGAGAGGGUCGCCGAGAGACGAGGAGAGAGCAGAGAAAAAGAGCAUUUUCAAGUUGCGAAAAAGCAGAAUAUACAUCAAGAAGGGCUCCGAAUACUUUUCUAAGAAAAAUCGAACAAUUUCCCUCCUUAGUGAAGGUAUUCAGAUUGGACGGCUGUGAUAAAAGCGACGUGCUCAUCAGAUUCGCGGACAAUUGGCCGACGCGACUCAACACGGUCAAUCUGAAGUACAUCGUCCGUGGAGGGACACUUCAGCUCCAUGUUGAACAUUUGGCGACGAUCGAAGUCGAGUCCUGGGUCCAGUAUACCGUCAAUCUCCGGCCCGUUCUAGGCGUUCACGAAGUCUGCGCCCAGGUGAACCAUUUUACACUAUUUGUUAAUGUUUUGGUGACUUUUCCUUACAGUACUUUGAAAAAAGGUAAAUCUUGUUCUUUUUGGAUGCCUUUAAUGCUAUUUUUGCUUUCAGAUGGUGGCGCCUUUGGCGUCGCGCCACAGCGUCUGCUCGCGGAUCGUCGACGCCGUCGACUGUCCUUUCGCGGCCGCCGCCGUCGCCUCUUCUUCAGUACCUCUACCAUUCUUGGGGUUGCUCCUCUUCAGCGCCUUUCAAUUUUUGUACCGUUUUUCUUUUUUAACUUUGUAG